AUACCGGGAGGAGUCAGGUUGAUUGGUUCAUACACUCAUGUCGACGAUCUCCACUCUGCUACAGAACUCACUGUUCGAAGAGCGGUCAUCGUGGCUCUCCGUAUCUAACGUACGCCUCUCCCGCCAUUAACAGAAGCUUCUCUUGAGUUUGUUGUUCGUUCGGAAGAGGAAGGCGAGAUGGGGAGAAGCUCGAGUGCGGAGAUUCUAUCUCCGGCGGAAGAAAUUGGGGGCCUAGGAUUCCGUUCGAUCCGCGACAGGCUUCGGUUCAAGCGGAGUUCUCUUCCAGAGGGCCAGAGAAAUCUUGCCGAAGAGGGAGAUGAGAGAGAUCGUCGCUCGGAUCGGCAAUGGCGUUCUCGAGCUCAUCCUAAUCGAGGCGUUCGCAAGGGAUUCCCAUUUAAAGGAACGUAUUUGUUAUACGGUGCGGUUUUUUUCGCUAUUGCUUUGUUCAUUGUGGGGUCGUUAGUGUUGCAGAGUUCGAUAGCUUCGGUUUUUAGGCCGGGUGGAGAUAGCGGGGGGUCAUUUCGGAAGGCGCUGAAAUUUGGAACUUCUUUGAAAUUCGUGCCGAAGAAACUGUUGGAUAGAUUUGAGAAACAUGGCGGUCUUAAUCGGUUGCGGUUGGAGACUAGACUUGCCGUUCGUCCACCUAGAUUGGCGAUUAUCUUAGGAAACAUGGAAAAGAGCCCAUCCUCGUUGUUGCUGUUUACUGUUAUGAAGAAUCUUCAGGGGCUAGGCUAUGUGCUUAAGAUAUAUGCAGUAGAGGAUGGCCAAGUGCGUUCUCUGUGGGAGCAAAUAGGAGGCCAAGUUUCCAUUCUAAGUCCUGAUAGAACUGGUCAUGUUGAUUGGUCACUUUUUGAAGGUAUUAUUGUAGACUCUGUUGAAGCAAGAAAGGCUAUUUCAAGCCUUAUGCUGGAGCCCUUUUGUUCUAUACCAAUGAUAUGGAUAAUUCAAGAAGAUGACCUUGCAAAGCGUCUCCCAAUUUAUGAGGAGAUGAGAUGGGAUCACAUCAUUACAGAGUGGAGAAGUGCUUUUGGCAGGGCUGAUGUUGUUGUAUUUCCAGAUUUUUCUCUGCCAAUGUUACACAGUGUGCUUGAUACUGGAAACUUCUUUGUAGUUCCUGGAUCCCCAGUGGAUGUUUGGGCUGCCGAGAGCUAUGCUAAGUCCCACUCCAAAUAUCAAUUAAAGAAAGACAAUGGAUUUCAUAAUGAUGAUCUGGUGGUUCUUAUUGUUGGGAGUUCUUUCUUCUACAAUAAGCUAUCCUGGGACUAUGCCAUGGCCAUGCAUGCCAUAGGACCUCUUUUGAUCAAAUUGACAAGGAGGAAAGAGGAAGGAGGAUCAUUUAAAUUUGUCUUCUUAUGUGGAAACUCAACUGAUGGAUAUAACGAUGCUUUGAAGGAAGUAGCUUCCCACCUAGGACUUCCUCAUGAUUCUGUAAGACACUAUGGCAUUGAUGGUGAUGCAAAUAGCAUUUUAUUAAUGGCUGACAUUGUUCUCUAUGGGUCCUUCCAAGAUGAACAAGGUUUUCCUCCAUUACUGAUUCGAGCCAUGGCCUUUGGAAUCCCUGUGAUUGCACCAGAUAUCCCUGUCAUAAAAAAAUAUGUUGUUGAUGGUGUCCAUGUCUUAAUUUUCAAAAAGAACGACCCUGAUACAUUGUUGAGAGCUUUCUUUCUUUUAAUCACAAAUAGGAAGCUAUCUAAAUUUGCUCUCACAGUUGCUUCCUCCGGAAGGCUGCUUGCUAAGAACAUGAUGGCAUCAGAAUGUAUAGCUUCUUAUGCAUUGCUUCUGGAAAAUAUACUCCACUUUCCAUCAGAUGCAUUACUUCCCCAUCCUAUUUCUCAGCUUCAAGGUCAUUCAUGGGAGUGGAACUCUUUUAGGAAUGCAAUGGAGAGGGGCACUGAAAUUCUUAACUUUGAUCAGAAUAGUAGUUCCAGGAGAAAAAUAAGUAUUGUACGUGUCCUGGAGGAAGAAUUUGCUAGCCACAACAAUGUGCAGAAUAUUCCAGACAAUGAAACUGGGAUUCUGACACAGGACAGCCUCACCCAGCUAGAUUGGGAUGUUUUGAGGAAAAUGGAAAGCUCUGAAGAUUUUGAGAGGCGAGAAAUAGAGGAGCUUGAAGAUAGGAUGGAGAAAGAUUCCAGUUCAUGGGAUGAGAUAUACCGCAAUGCCCGGAAAUCUGAAAAACUUAAAUUUGAAGCAAAUGAAAGAGAUGAAGGAGAGCUAGAAAGAACAGGACAACCAUUAUGCAUUUAUGAAAUUUACAGUGGAGCUGGAGCCUGGCCAUUUUUGCACCAUGGUUCUUUGUACCGAGGGUUAAGUCUAUCUGCAAAUGCCCGGAGAUUAAAUUCAGAUGAUGUGGACGCAGUUGGCCGUCUUCCAGUCCUAAAUGAUACAUAUUACAGAGAUCUUAUCUGUGAGAUCGGAGGCAUGUUUUCUAUUGCAAAUAGAGUGGAUAACAUUCACAAUAUACCUUGGAUUGGUUUUCAGUCAUGGCGUGCUGCUGGAAAGAUGGUUUCCUUGUCGGUUGAAGCUGAAGAAAUAUUGGAAAGAACUAUACAAGCAGAAACUAAAGGAAAUGUUAUCUAUUACUGGGCCAGGUUGGAUCUAGACAGUGGAGUUAAGGAGGGCAACGAUAUGCUUUCAUUUUGGUCUAUUUGUGACAUAUUGAAUGGUGGGCAGUGCAGAGCUGCUUUUGCGGAUGCCUUCCGUCAGAUGUAUGACUUACCUUCACAUAUUGAAGCUCUGCCUCCCAUGCCUGAAGAUGGUGGUCACUGGUCUGCACUUCAUAGUUGGGUGAUGCCAACACCGUCCUUUAUGGAAUUUGUAAUGUUUUCAAGGAUGUUUCUCGAUUCACUUGAUAGCUUGGGUAUUAAUAUGAGCAGGACUAGUACUUGCUUUCUGGGAUCCUCAGAGCUUGAGAAAAAACACUGUUACUGCCGGAUGUUGGAGCUCUUGGUUAAUGUCUGGGCUUACCAUAGUGCACAAAAGAUGGUUUAUAUUGACCCACACACUGGUCUGCUUGAGGAACAACAUCCUAUUGAAGAAAGGAAGGAAUUUAUGUGGACAAAGUACUUUAACUUUACGUUAUUAAAGAGUAUGGAUGAAGAUCUGGCAGAGGCGGCCGAUGACAAUGACCCUCCAAGGGAGAGAUGGCUUUGGCCACUAACAGGGGAAGUGUAUUGGCAAGGAAUUUAUGAGAGAGAAAGGGAGGAAAGGUAUAGGCAAAAGAUGGAAAAGAAGCUUAAGACGAAGGAGAAAUUAUUGUACAGGCAGAAGUAUGGAUACAGUCAGAAAACACUUGGACUAUAGGAAGCUCAGUUCUCAUCGAGGUCUUAACACUAACCAAUUAUGUUACCCAGAGUUGGAACUCAUUUUUACCCACCUAGAAAGUUCAUGAAGAUUGAAGAGGUAUACAUUCUUUCUCUAACAGUUAACAGCCAAACAGUGCGUGAUGAUGGAGGCCUUGUUCAUAUCCUUUUCUGCAUCUUCGAUUUCACGCUCCAAUGGAGUGGAAAUGAGUCAUAAAAGAAGCUUGAAGCCAAUGGAAUGAUCUUGGUAGUUGGUUAUUUCAAGCGAUUAAGAGGCCACGAGGUAACCGAGGAGCAGAUAAAAUUUUGUUUGCCAGGUUUUUACUUCUAUUCAACACACUUUUUAGAGUUUAGACACGAAUCAAGUUGUAAUUCUUUCAUCAUUGUAUAUACAACCAACAUUUUUAGAGGCAAUUUCAAUGGGAAUAUGAAUUCAUCUA